AUGGUGCCAUUAACAUAUUAUGGUCAACGCAUUGUGCCGUUAGACCACUCUUACCACCUGGCCACAAGCAAUUUAUUAACACAUCAGUACAGUGGGGAAAAACUAAAUCAACUCAAUAACCAGCCUAUGGUCAACAUGCAAUCCCAUAGGAAUCACCCUGCAGUACCUCCAUUAAGCUCUAACAGGAAGGUCCAGAGCUGCUCAAUAUUGUCUUCUCCCAAGUCUCGGGACACAACUUCACAGAGUUUCUAUGACAGAGCUCUGAAUUCACCAUUAUCCCACUGCAAACCUUCACAAAACCUCACAAAACCUCACAAAACCUCACAAAACUUCACAAAGCCAUCUCAAAACCUCCAUUGGAGAAGUUCAUUGUGGUCCACUCAGAGAGCCCUGAGCUCACCUUCAUCCCACCCCAAAAUUCAGAAAACAUCUUCACCCGACCUCAACAAGACAUCAUCAUCACUGAAGCCUAGUCAAACAGCCCUGAGCUCACGAUUACUCCUCCCCGAACCUCAGUCUACAUCUUCAAGCCUAGACUUUUGCUGGACAUCACCUUCACUGAAGUCUAAUAGAAGAGUCUCAAGCUCAUCAUUAUCUUCCCCCCAAUGUCAAGGAACACCUUCUCUAAACACCAUCUGGACAUCAUCGUCUUUGGGACCCAACCGAAGAGCCUUUAGCUCAACAUUGCUUCAAUCCAGGGCUCAGAAAACAUCUUCUUUGGACUGCCUUUGUACAUCUUUACUGGAGCACAGUCAAAGAUCUUUGAGUUCACCAUCACUCAACACCACAUCUCAAACAAAUUACUUCCCAAGAAAAUCACCUUCUUUGGAGCCUGAUCAAAUGGCUCUGAGAUCACCAUUACCUGACUCCAGACCUCAGAAAACACCUGUAUUGAGCUCUAAACCCUGUGUUCUGAGUUUACCAUUGUCCAACUCAAAAGCAAGAAAAUCACCUUUGCCACAUUAUGUCCACCAAUCUCAGAGUUUACCAUUGUUCCAGCCCACAUCUCAGACAGUGCUUCCACUUGAUCAUAAUUUUCAGACCCUCAGCUCACCAGUUUGUCACUCUAAGUUGCAGAAUACCACCUCAAAUGACAAAUGUAGAGCCACAGGUUUACUGUCACCCCAUUUCAAACCAAAGGUCUCAGGUGAAUCAUUGUCAAGCUUCAAACAGUACAUUAGGAACACAGCUGCUCCAACAUUCGGUUCCAGACUCCAGAGUAAAAACAGCUUUGAUUUUUGUGCAAUGACAGAAUCAAAAAAAGAAAUUCCAUGGGUUUUAGAUUGCGGUCAGCCUUGCGUUGUUAGAGGUGGAACUGUCCCUGACGAUGUUGUAAAUAAAAUUGUCAGCUCUAUCUCCAAGACGAGGAUCCAGAGGGAUCUCUGUAGACAGAUUCUCUUUCGAAGGAUGAGGGGAAGGCCAAAUCCUCAUCCUGGCCCCCGCCUUUCAUCAAAUUAUGCGGUGUGUUUAGCUUGUGCUUCCUGCGUAAAUUCUCAGUGUAGCCAUCUUACAGGAAAGAAAGAUCCUCGCUGCGCAACACUAUUUGUUAUACCAACACCUGAGGCCAGUUCUGAGGGGAAAAUAAAGGUGAAAUUAUCUCUGAUCCUUUCUCUACCAGAGACUUCUUCCUUAUCUUGUCUCUCAUCCCCCAUGAAAGAAAAUCAGCCUGAUGAUGUCUCUGAAGACAACCUUGAAGGAAUGGAGAAGGUAACACAGAUUUUCUCCACAUCUGAAUCUAGUAUCAACCAGAGACUUAAUAUGCAGAAAGAAUGGUUGACAGUAGCCCCUGAAAAGAAAGUUAUAAGCCAACAGCCCCAUGCUAUUGACUGGCUGCUUUAUGUUAAAGACAGUAGUUCUCAGCUACAAUCUCUGCUCCCAUCCUCUUCCUCCUCUUCCUCCUCUUCCUCCUCCUCCUGCUCUUUUGACGCCUCUGCUGUCUCUGCCACUUUUGCUGCCUCUUCUUCAUCUGCCGUCUCCUUCUCUCCUUCCAUCUCGCCCUCCCUACCCUCUCCUUGCAAAGAUUCUGCCACAUCUACGCUUUCAGGUUGUGCAUUCGCUGAGGCAAUUAGUUACCACCGGUUGCCUCCAGGGGUCUCCUGGCUUGAGUUUUUACAUAGUAAAGAUCACCAGCCACUUCCUGGAAAACCAAAUCAAAGUCAGUCACCAUCUUCCAAAACAAAGCUGGAGAAGAAUAGCAACAUAGUAAAUUGGGCAAAGGGACCAAGCGUAUUGUCCAAAUUUUUCCAAAGUAUCAAAGUUAGAAAUCCCGAUUAA